UAUUAAUAAAAAUUAAGUGAAGAUUUUACAAAAAAAAUUAUACAAAACUUAAAUAAAUAUUAUUAUUUUAAAUUAAUUUAACAAAAAAUUAUAACUAAUUUAUAAAAAAAAUCAAAAGUAUUUAAACAAUUUUCAAAAUGUUUAUUAAAUCAUCUAAAGUUGUCAUCAUUUGUGCCUUCAACUUAUUGUUGUUAACGGUUUGUCAGGCUAAAAAAGAACAACAGCAACAACAAAAAAGUCAACAAGAAAUUUGGGAACAAGAUCUAACCGAUACCUUUAAAAUCGAAGGCUCCGAUCAGGGCAUACAGAAAGUCAACCUCAAAUGUGGUUCCGAUUCCAUGCAUGUCAUGUUGGAAACCGAAAAACCCUUCACCGGUGUCAUGUAUACCAGAGGAAGUUUCUAUAAACAAGCAGCUCCCUGUUUCGUUAAACCCUCAACGAAUAGUGCCAAAACUCUAGAAAUGAAUUUCAGUUUAGAUCAGUGUCAAACCCAAAAGGAGGGAGAACUCUAUUCCAAUAUCGUGGUCAUACAAAAUGAUCCAGAGCUCAUAACACCCGGAGAUUCGGCUUUCUCGUUGGAAUGUGAUUUUAGACAACCACGCAGUGUGGAUGUAGAGGCCAAUAUGCAAACCAGAGACAGAAUAGUUUAUGCUUCAAAAAUCUCCCUAACCAGUCCAGAUCCCUCACAGGCUACACAAAAGAACACUUUACACACCACCGUCACUAGUGACACAGAAACAGUCACUUAUAUACCCAAACACAAGAAGUCCACAGCUAAACCAAAGAACACUAAACCAAAGUUGCAAGAAAUUAAAAUUAAAAAUCAUGAUCAUAGUCUUUUGGACGAUGAGAAUGAUAAUCUUGAAGAUGAGAAAACUUUACACUUGGGCACCGUAGAAGAUGUUACACAUUUGUAUUCGAAUUCCAGAAAAGAAGAAUUGUAGACUUGUUUAAAGAAAUUUAACAAGAUUCAGAAAUAAUACAUACAAACACGCACAUUUACUGGUAGUUGUAGUAAAAGCAUGUCACUUUUAAAAGCUUGCACGUAGAGCUUUAUCCCUUAUUUUAAAACUUUAUUUUAAUUAGUAAAUUUUAAGAAAUUCUACAACCACAACUUCAAAGCCCGUUAAAUCGAAAUCAUAAAAUUGGAUUUGGAUUUUUUUUUUAAUUUAAAUAUUUAAUUUUGUAAAAUAAUUGUUAUUCUUUUCUAUGUAUUAUUUCUAAUCCUGUGAUAUCUCUAAGUUUCAAAUCCAAAUAAAACAAAUGAGAAAAUUA